CUGCUUUCGUGCUCCCAUGCCUGCAGCUAAAGAAGGAGUGUGAGAGCCUCAGGCAGAGCCAGGAAGAGGGGAAGCACCUGCAGAAUUCUUUCAAACACGCUGUGGGGACAUCGGUCGCUGGUCACCAGGGAAAGGAGAGCUGGGGGCCGAGCCACAAGGAAGCCACCAUGGAGCUUCUCCGAGUGAAAGACCGGGCCAUCGAGCUGGAACGGAACAACGCAGCUCUGCAGGCGGAGAAGCAGCUGCUCAAGGAACAGCUGCAGCACCUGGAGACCCAGAACGUGGCCUUCAGUAGUCAGAUCCUGACACUGCAGAAACAGAGCGCCUUCCUGCAGGAGCACAACACGACGCUGCAGACCCAGACGGCCAAGCUGCAGGUGGAGAAUUCCACGUUGAACUCCCAGAGUGCCUCACUCACCGCGCAGUACACGCUGCUCCAGAACCAGCAGGNGGCCAAGGACAGCGAGCACGAGAACCUGCAGAAGCAGAAGGAGCAGCUGACCGCGGCCUACGAGGCCCUGCUGCAGGACCACGAGCACCUGGGCACACUCCACGAGCGCCAGUCGGCAGACUACGAGGCCCUCAUCCGCCAGCACAGCUGCCUGAAGACGUUGCACCGCAACCUGGAGCUGGAGCACAAGGAGCUCGGGGAGAGGCACGCGGACAUGCUGAAGCACAGGACGGAGCUGGAGGAGCUGGAGAAGGCUUUGCACACGGAACGGGAGGCUCUGCAGCAGGAGCAGAGGACGAACGCCAUCGCCGCCGGCGAGAACCAGAGGCUGCGGGGAGAGCUGGACAGGGUCAAUUUCCUGCACCAGCAGCUGAAGGGCGAGUACGAGGAGCUGCACGCCCACACCAAGGAGGUGAAAACCUCGCUGAACAACUCGCAGCUGGAGCUGAAUCGCUGGCAGGCCCGGUUUGAUGAGCUGAAGGGGCAGCACCAGAGCAUGGACAUCUCGCUGGCCAAGCUGGACAACCACUGCGAGCUGCUCUCCCGCCUCAAGGGGAACUUGGAGGAAGAAAACCAUCACCUCCUGAGGCAGAUCCAGCUCUUGAGCCAGCAGAACCAGAUGCUUCUAGAGCAGAACAUGGAGAGCAAGGAGCAGUACCACGAAGAGCAGAAGCAAUACAUAGACAAAUUAAAUGCCUUACGGAGACAUAAGGAAAAACUGGAAGAAAAAAUCAUGGAUCAGUACAAGUUUUAUGAUCCUGCUCCAAAGAAGAAAAACCACUGGAUUGGAGCCAAAGCCUUAGUCAAACUCAUCAAACCAAAGAAAGAGGGUUCCAGAGAACGACUGAAGUCAACCACAGACAGUCCUCCCUGGCAGCUGGAGUCCCCAGACCCUGCCUCACCCUCUGCUUCUCAGCCUCUCAGAUUGCAGGCGGAGCCUCCCGAGACCACCCCCUCAGGCUCAAACUGCGUAGAAGAGCGAGACGCCCACAACGAGCCAACAGGGAAAGGCCCUGGGGACCUAAAACCAAGGCGAGGGUCCCCGCAUGGAGGCAGCCUUGACCACGCGGAUGCCUCCGCUGACCCUGCUGUGAAGCUCUGGUCUUCAGAGCUGGGCUCCCGAACCUGUUCAUCCUCAGCCAUCACUACAGCCCCUUCCAGCUCCACCCCCAUCUCCCGGCACCCAGGCCGCACCAAAGGCUAUAAUUCAGAUGACAGCCUCUGUGAGCCGUCCCUGGAGCUCGAGUUCACCAACCACAGGCAGUACGUGUCCCGGCCAGGUAGCUUAGAGAGCAGCAGAAAUGCGUCCAGCGACAGCUCACCUCUUAACCUGAAAGGUUCCUCCGACCAGCUCCACGGCAGGUCUGAGAGCUUCAGCAGCGAAGACCUGAUCCCCAGCAGGGACACAGCCGCUCCGCCCCGGGACACCAGCACCCCAGGACGCACUGCCCUCAGCCGCCAUGAGUACCCCCCAUCCUGGAAUGGGCCUCUCCCCCCGGAGGGCAUCCAGAAGAGGGGCGCGGCCCAGCCCCAUGCCGGGGUGCGGCCCUGCUCCUCCCCGAGCAGCGAGAUGGUCACCCUGGAGGAGUUUCUGGAGGAGAGCAACCGGGGCUCCCCCACCCCCGACACUCCCAGUUGCCGGGAUGACCUGCUAAGUGACUACUUCAGAAAGGCCAACGAUCUCCCUGUCAUCGGAGGCCAGCCGGGACCACCUGCCAGGAAAGAAGGGGCCAAGAUGCCCACCAGCUUUGUGGCGCCUACCAUCAAGAUGGCUGUCAACACCCCCGAGGGGAAGCUGCUGAAACCUGGGCAGUACGUGAAGCCGAACUUCAGACCUACUGAGGCCGAGGCCUCGCCCAGUGCCCCCCUGAGGCAGGCCCAGCCUCCUCAGAGCCUGUCUCUGGGCAGACCUCGGCAGGCCGCUCUGCCUCCGCCCCCCCACACACCUGCCACCCGGAGCACAUCCUUGAGCCGGGCCUACAGCCUGGCCUCAGCCGACCUUCUUCGGGCUACGGGGCCAGAGGUCUGCAAACAGGAGUCCCCUCAGAAGCCAGGGGGUACUGAGGCCUCUGGGAGCAGAGAAACAGGCAGCCAUGCCCUGCAAAGCCACACAGCUCCCAGUUCCCACAGCCUGGCCCGGGAGCGGACCCCACUUAUGGGAAAAGCUGGCAGCUCCUGUCAGGGCAUGGCCCCCCGAAACCGGCCACUGGACAUGAGGCGCUUCUCGCUGGCUCCUCCGAAGGAGGAGAGGCUGGCUCCCCUGCAGCAGUCCGCCACGGCCCCAGCCAUUGCCACUGGAGGUGGCGGUGGCUGUGGCAGCAACUCGCAGCUCCAGCACCUGUCACCUGCUACAGCCCCAGCUGCCAGGACUAAGCCGCAAACCCCCCAACACUCAGGGGAGGUGGCCGCCAUCACCCCUGUCCGGGCAGGGCUCAGCCUUUCAGAGGGUGACGGGGUCCCAGGACAGGGCCACAGUGAGGGGCUCCCUGCCAAGAGCCCAGGCAGGUCUCCCGACUUGCCUCCCCACAUCAGCCGGGCCCCUGAGGACUUCAGUCGUGGGAACAACUCCAAGAGCACGCCUGCGUCCCCAGAGCCGGGUGGGGACCAGCAGACCGUGUGGUACGAGUAUGGCUGCGUGUGAUUCAUCUCCUGGACCAGUGACUCCUGAACCUUAGAACUACUGACGCGCCUUCUGAUGACAAUGGCCUUGUUUCCUAUCUGCCUGUGGUGCCAGGAAAGGGCUUUAGAAUAAGGAAUGGGGCUCCCCUGCAUGUCUUCUGUUUGUUUUGUUAAUGAAAACACUGUGCCAAGCCCUAAGAGGAUUAUACGCCCAGGUGUGUAACACGUCUUCCAUACUUGUAGUCUCCAGCUACUGGUAUCUUUUGAACAAAUCCACUUUGGCAUGGGGGCGCUCAUAAUGCGGUGACAAAGCUGACUUGCCCCAAAGCACACACUAUUUGAGCGUGCCCCUUAGAACACUUGUUUGCAACCUGUUGACCUCCACUAAAGUAUGCGUGUGUGUGCGCGUGUGUAUACACCCACACACACACACGUGCACGCUCACAGGGCUGAGCCCUAGUGAGUCUAGAAACGCUAGUCCCUCUCCUGGAAGCCAUUUGACCUGGGAUAAGCCCAGACUGGCCAAACUACAAAGACCUUGAGGCCCUGGGUAGACCCCAGAGUCAGGCUUACUGUUCAGAGCUAGGAGUGUCGCCCUGCCGUUCCUGGGGUCCCAUGCACUUCCCUUUACCCCAGGACCAAGGUGGCCUUCUAGGCAGGUGACAGGUGGCCUCGGGCAUUUGCCUGUCCCACUUCUCCUGGCUCACUUUUCUACAAACACUGGAUCUGCUGGGCCUGGGAGGUGGGGCCGAGAGAAGCCCCGCCCCCCAGCAAAUGUACAGAGGGUGAGCGUGUGCGACAGUGAGGUGCACGCCUGAUCUAGGUGGCCGCAGCUCCCCAAUUUUCCCCAUCUCAGGUGAGAUGCUGACUUGUUAUUUCUGAAUAAUUUCUUACUGUAGAAACCAAAUUUCUUUUAAUAUAUUACAUAUAUGUGUACACACUCAUGUGAAAUAUGUGUACCCUGAGGGAGGGAUCUAUUUAUGUUCCACUGGGAGUCAUUUUCCAUCAGGAGUCUCAACCUGCUGCUUUGUGUAUUUGGUCAGAUUCCUGACACGAUUUGUUUCCUAUUUAGUAAAGGUGCUCUUCCUGGGAUGUACUAAACCUGGUGAUUUGGGGUUUUUGUUGUUGUUUUUUAAGAUUUUUUUCCUUUUGAUUUAAUACACUGAGAGAGACAUGGGAAUGUUAACGCAGUCAGUUUUAGGAGCAUUUUGGGUUGUGUAUUAAAUAGCCAUUCAUUCUGGAACACAAGGAAGGCAUUGUAAUAAAAUGAAUGGG